AUUUUACUUCUUGACAGACAUGAGCGGUGUCGGCGGUGUCAGUGGUGACUAUGAAAGUGAUUAUAAUCAACGCAAUCGAAAAUUGCGCAUGUGGAAUCUUUUUGUCGAUCCACCGGAGAAAAAUCGUAGCGGAAGCGAUGCCGAUUGGAAGAAAUUGCAAUUUUGUCUUAAAUUGUUCAAAGUCUUUGUUUAUCUCUUGGUCUUUGCCAUCGUACUGAUAUCAAGUGUAUUAGCCAAGUUGCUUUAUCUGUAUAUGAUUGGGAAUACGGCCUCCACGAAUAGCGUCAGUCAAAAGGUGCAAGUGUGCAGCAAAUAUUUAUUACUUAAUGGCGAUUUGACGGCGAUUAGCAGUAAACAGGAGCAAAUUGCAUGGGUUUGGGCCUUGAUCUUUGCCUUUGCUGCACCAGAAGUCUUUACAUUCUUGCGCUCGUUGCGCAUAUGCAUUUUUAAGCGAGAGCAACGACCCACUGGUCUCGAAAUGACGCUGGUCACACUCUUUGAACUGUUUCAUGUUGCCGGUCUGGCCCUGCUCACCUUUAUUGUUUUGCCCCAAUUGGAUAUGACGCGCGGUGCAAUGCUUGGAUGCUGUGUAUCCUUUAUACCCGGUAUACUCAAUUUGCUGACAGGAACACGUCUGCAAUGGAAAUCAAUGGAUAUGCUCGGCUAUGGCAUCUCAAUUUUGGCCAUGGUCUCACAGGGAAGUGUCUUUCUAAUCUGGCCAUCAAUGUCUGAGCAAUUGGAGUUGCAAUUAUUGGUCAUUCCAUUGCUUCUUGUAUCGUUUCGUUGGUGGGAGAAUUAUGCCAAUACACAUGAUGCAAUCGCCUAUAUUAUUCGUACCAUUCGAUGCACUCGUUCUCGUUAUCAAUUAUAUCUAUAUUUGUCACCCCUGAAAAUUGUGGUUUUUGCCUUGAUGGCAUUUCUUUUAAAUGGUCAGAGAUUUACCGAGUAUUUUAGUCUAUUUCUCGAUGCCUGGCAAACGCAUUCAAUAACCAUAGUGCAAACCAAUACCCAGCACGAUAUAGCCGCAAAUGGAAGCAGCAAUGUCUUUGUCAGCAAAGUGUCACAACAUACGAUUCAAUCCAAUCCGAAUGCCAUUAUCUAUGCUCUACUCCUGCAGAUUGGCUCCGCCUAUUUGUGUCACAUAUUUUGUAAAUUCGCUUGCAAAAUUAAGAUACAAGAGUUCAGCUACGCCCUGCCUUUAACGCUCUCAAUGCCAAUAACUGUGGCUUUGGCCACAUUUUUGGCCCAGCUUCGUGCUGCGGAUGCCUGCGCAUUGCAUCGUAUAAUGCCCGACUAUCUAACAUUGCGACCUUUGGCUGAGAAUCUCGAUGAAUUGGGUGCACGUUGUCUCCAAUAUGCUCUGUGGAUAUGGCCAUUGUGGUGGCUAUCACAGAUUUGGAUUUGCCUGCACAUUUGGCUACCGAAAAAUGAUAGAAAUGCCAAAACUGAAAAGUUAUUUGUAUGCCCAUGGUAUUGUGGUUUACUUGUGGAUCAGUGUGCCAUCAUGAAUCGACGUAUUGUCGAUUGGAGUGAUGAGUAUUUAACCAUAAAGAGCGACCUAACCACACCACGUGAUCCAGUAUUGGCUUUGGCCAGCGACAUAAAUGCCAGCCGAGAUAUACAGGAGGAGGAUAAAAUUCCACAAUUGAUUGUCUGUGCCACAAUGUGGCAUGAAACCGAAGAGGAAAUGAUGGAAUUCCUCAAAUCAAUUAUACGCUUGGAUGAGGACCAAUGCGCACGUCGAAUGGCAAAAACGCAUCUAAAUGGCGGCAAAGCGGAUGAUGAAUACUAUGAAUUGGAAACCAACAUAUUCUUUGAUGACGCUUUUGUGCUGGAUGAACGCUAUUGCCAGAAUAAACGAAAUCCCCCAGUUAACGAGUAUGUAAAGACCCUAACCAAGACCCUAGAUAAGGCGGCAUUUGAGGUCUAUGGUGUGAAUAUUAGAAUUAAACCGCCAUUGAAAAUUGAAACUCCAUAUGGUGGACGCUUGGUUUGGACCCUGCCGGGACGUACAAAAAUGGUUGCCCAUCUGAAGAAUAAGGAUAAAAUACGUCACAAGAAACGCUGGUCGCAGGUCAUGUAUAUGUAUUAUCUACUUGGCUAUCGCAUUAUGGAAACGGAACAUUUCUCACCACGCCGCAAGGCAGUAAUUGCCGAGAAUACAUUCCUUUUGGCACUAGACGGAGAUAUUGACUUUCAGCCACGUGCUGUACAUUUGCUUAUUGAUCGAAUGAAGGCUGUCGAUGAAUUAGGUGCCGCCUGCGGACGUAUACAUCCUGUUGGCCGUGGUCCCAUGGUGUGGUAUCAACGUUUCGAAUAUGCCAUCGGUCAUUGGUUGCAAAAGGCCACCGAACAUGUUAUCGGCUGUGUUCUUUGCAGUCCCGGUUGUUUCAGUCUCUUUCGGGCUAGUGCCCUAAUGGAGAAUAGUGUUAUGAAACGUUAUACGCUUGUGAGUGCCGAACCUAUGAAAAUGGUCCAAUAUGAUCAGGGUGAAGAUCGUUGGCUAUGCACCCUAUUGCUAAAGCAGGGCUCUCGGGUUGAGUAUUGUGCCGCCUCCGAUGCUUAUACCCAUUCGCCGGAGUACUUCAAUGAGUUCUAUAAUCAACGUCGUCGUUGGGUACCAUCGACUAUAGCAAAUAUUUUCGAUAUCCUGGCCGAUGCCGAUAAGGUGGUGAAGAGGAAUAAUUCCAUAUCCACUUUAUAUAUGUGGUAUCAAAGUAUGCUUAUGGUUGGCACUGUUCUCGGUCCUGGCACCAUAUUUCUAAUGAUGGUUGGAGCUCUUGUGGCCGUUUUUACCAUUGAUAUAUGGACAGCAUUUCUAUGGAAUUUCUUUCCCUUGUUAUUCUUCAUUCUGAGUUGCGUUUAUUUGAAACAAAAGUAUCAAUUACUCUUGGCAUUUGUUAUAAGUGCCAUUUACUGUUUAGUUAUGAUGGCGGUAUUGAUAGGUAUUAUAGUCCAGAUGUUGGAAGAUGGACCUUUAGCUCCAGCCUCAUUAUUCUUCCUACUUGUUGCCGUACAGAUUACCAUAGCUGGUCUUGUGCAUCCGCAAGAGUUUUGGGCCUUACUUUGUGGUGUUAUCUAUUAUAUAACCAUACCCUCAAUGUAUAUGCUGCUUAUGUUCUAUUCCGUUUUCAAUAUGAACGAUGUUAGCUGGGGCACCAGAGAAGCGCCAGUUGUUAAAGAUGAUAAUGCUGGUGGAGAUGGCAGAAGAACAGAAGAUUCUGAACUUUAUCAACCAGGCUGGUUAAAUGAUCCAUUACUAAUUAAUUCCGAAUUGGGUGAAAUAUCACUAAUUGAGCAAAGAUUUUGGCGUGACUUAAUCAAAGAGUAUUUGAAACCACUCGAAUUGAGUAAAGAACAAAAACAAGCCAUGGCCGAUGGUCUAAAAGAUUUACGUAAUCUAAUUGCCUUUGCAUUUCUUAUGAUCAAUGCCAUAUUUGUUUUAAUUGUAUUCCUUUUGCAAUUGAAAAAAGAAUUCUUACAUCUGGAAUGGCCCAUAGAUCCUACAGAUUUUGUUACAUUUGAUCGUGAUAAUUUGCAAGUUGGUAUCUAUCGUCAAUAUAAGGAAUUGGAUCCGAUUGGUUUACUGUUUGUCAUAUUUUUUGGCUUUAUAUUGAUUAUACAAUUUGUGGCAAUGUUUUUUCAUCGAUUUGCCACCAUGUCACAGUUGUUGGCAACAACACAAAUCGAUUGGUUCCGUUCGAGUGGAAAAUUCAGUGACGAAGAUGCCGUACUCGAGCUAAAGGGUAGUGCAGUGAAUAUAGCACGACGAUUGCAACGACCCAGAAGACUUGAUGAUGAAGAGGAUGAGCCAAAUUAUUCUGAAAUCCUAAUGGAUAGUGAUCAUCAUCAUCCUCAUCAGCAAGAUGAUGGUGAACAUCGUGAGAGUUUAGUUCGACGUCAGACUAUUUAUCGCUUGCAUGCAACACGAAAUCGACAACAAACUGAUUAUAGCAAUUUGGUUAUGAAUUUCGAGAGGCGUUUCUUUGGCGAAGAUGAACUGAAUCUUAAGAAUUUGGCAUUGAAUCGAAAGUCUAUGAAACUCUUUCAAAUGCGUCGUUCAGAGGCAAAAAUGAAUGCAGCAGCCAUGCCGGGUGGUACACCAACACCGAAAACAGGAAAACGUCCGCCCAUGAUGAUGACGCCGAUGGCGACGACGACGACAACGGCGAAAAAAGUUAGUUUCAAUAAUCGUGCAAAUUUGGAAAUCUAUGAUAACAAUGGUUACGAACACACAGAGUUCUAAAGAGAAGAAAAAGAAGACACAGAAACAAAUACAUUACUUAAAACUCGAUUAUUCGAUGAAUCUUUUGUUAUCCACUUUGUUAACUAUAUAAAUCAUGAUCUUAAAGAUAGUUCAAAAUUCUCUUGGAAUUUUGGAAGCAACCAUUUUUGGACUAACUUUUAGAUUAUUCUGUAGCCUAAUCGUGGAUAAUAUAUUGAUGUAUGAAAUAUGCUUAUUACUAUACAUGUUUAAUCUAUGUUACUAACUAUUAUAUGUACCUACUAUCUAUCUAUCCAUAUUGUAUUAAUUAACUCUGUAA